AUGCUUCGUUGGACGCUGACGCUCGGAGCAUACAGUUACGAACUCCGUUACCGGAAGGGAGAAGACAUGGGCAACGCCGAUGCCCUCAGCCGAUUGCCACUAGAGGCGGAGCCCGGAGCCACAGCUGAACCCAACCCUCCGGAGGUUUUCCUUAUUGAAGAAGUGCCACAAGCAGCGAUACAUGCCAGAAACGUUGCUGCUGCAACAGACAGAGAUCAGGUGUUGCUUCGGGUUCAACAGUGGACUAGAGACGGUUGGCCGAAGUCAUCACCUCAUGCGAGAGAUCUCAAGCCUUACUGGACACGCCGUUUCGAGAUAUCUAUUCAGGAUGGUUGCCUGCUUUGGGGAACCAGAGUUAUUGUCCCUCAAGCACUACGGCAGGGGAUCCUCACCACACUGCAUUCAGGCCACGCAGGGAUCGUACGCACGAAAGCAAUGGCCAGAAGCUUUGUAUGGUGGCCGGAGAUCGAUGCUGACAUUGAGAGCAUGAUCGGUCGGUGCACCCCGUGCCAAUUAACGCGAAAUAUGCCACCGAGAGACACGUCACACCCGUGGCUGCCGCCGCAGAAGCCUUGGUCAAGGCUGCAUCUGGAUUAUGCAGGGCCUUUUCAAGGGCGCACGUUCUUGGUGAUCGUCGAUACUUUCUCGAGAUGGCCGGAGGUGAUUCCUGUGUCGUCGAUGUCGGCGGCCGAACUGAUCCGUGAUCUUCGCCGUGUGUUUGCGACGCACGGAUUGCCCGAUGUCGUGGUUACCGACAAUGGCACGUCUUUCACUUCAUCCGAGACGGCCGACUUCCUAAGAAGGAACUCUAUCAGACACAUGUUCUCUCCGCCAUACCAUCCGCAGUCGAAUGGCGUCGCAGAACGUAUGGUGCAGAACGUAAAAAACAAGCUUCGCCAACUACGACGCGACGAUCCGGACUGUCGUCUAUCACGUCUGUUGUUCGCAUUACGUACAACACCAUGCGCGGACAGCACAAGAUCUCCGGCGCAACUGCUCAUGAACCGUAGCCUGAGGACCUUGCUAAGCGAUGUCCGGCCAAGACGACAGUUGACGGAGGAAGCUGACCAGUCACUAGAGCGAAGAUUCAAAGCUGGUGACAAGGUGUUCGUACGUAGCUACAGGGGUAACCACAAAUGGCUACCUGCCACGGUGGUUGGCGUCGAGGGCAACUGCACUUUCAAGUUACAACGCGAGGACGGCGAACUGCAAAGAGCGCAUGCAAACCAGAUGCGCAGAUGUCAGGCAAUUUGCAAUAGCCACGACGACGCCAGCAGUGAAUGGUGGUUAUUUCCAACCCCAACUCCUACGCCGAGCACAGACAAUGCAGCAUCGCCGGAGACAACAGGAAACACAUUAGUAGAUCCUGGUGCAUCGGGCCUGCGACGCUCUGCGCGAGCUAGAAAGAGGCCGGACUUCUACGGUGUGGUGGUCUCGAAAUAG